GCGGCAGCUGCAGUGUUUAGUUAGUCUUGUGGAAGCAUCUUCCGCAGAUGGCGGUCCCAGCUGUGUGACGCGCCGAACCCUCAUUCCGCACUCGGGCGACGCGGAGUGACAUGCAUGCAAGCUGUCUGCGGACAGACGUGCACACCACAGCGACGGACAGGCGGACACAAUGCGGACAGUGAUGGCGGGCUGUCUCGGAACAGCGCCGACGGCCGCCAUGGUCACCUGGAGGACGCUCGGCGCCGCGCUCUCCCUCCUGCUGCUGCUGUUCGUCGGCGCCCGGGGGCAGACCACGUGCCGCGACUUCACCAACGAGAUCAACCCCAGCAUCAACGUCUACAUCUACGGCGGAUCAGUCGCUCAGCCGGGGGAGUUCCCCCACAUGGUGGGUAGGCCGGCCCCGACCGUCUCCGCGGCCUCGUGGGACUUCGCCGAGCCGUUCGACGACGGCCUCCCGGAGGGCCCUCUGUUCCGCGAGCUGGUGCACCGGGGGCCGCCACUUUCGCGCCAGCCGCCCCCCGGCGCGCCACCCCCGAUGCCCCUCGGCGCCGACCUGGACGACCCGGACGCAACCACGCCCUCAGACGGACUGACGGACCGCGCAGCACUCCAGAAAGGCGACGAUGGGGACCCGGGGAACGUGGAGGUCGGGGGCCGGACGGGCUUCAUCGUCGGGGGAAUCCGGGGCGCCAUCAAACGCCACCGUGAGAGGGUGGAGAGGGUCAAAGACGGGCUGCGGGACCUCCAGGAGCAUCUGGUGCCGCCUUUCCUCCGACCAGGCCGCCGACCGGGCCCGGAACAGGGACCUGACGGCGGGUCCACGCGCCCCCACCAGGACGACUCCGAACGGCUUGACCACGCCGGGGCCGACAACAGACCUUACAACCCACAGAACUACCCCGAACACGACAAUAGACCUCACAACCAGCCACACCGCCCGGACCGCCCCCGUGGCCCCGACCAGAACGUACCCCCACAGAACCAACCCUUGAACGACUACCGCCCCCCUCGCCGACCCGACACUGUCCCCAGACCACCCCCGUCGACCGCACCACCCGCGCAGGACGUCCCCGACGAUGACGCGUACGGCUCGCUCAUCGACCCCCGCGCCGGGACCGGCGGCAAGUCGUCGUUCGGCGCCGAGUUCGGGGCGCUCGAGGAGGAGACGACCUCCCGACCCAGGCUCAUCCGGGUGACGGGCCCGUCGGUCGGCGAGGGCAAGGCCGGCCGCCCGGGCAACUGGCGCGUCCCGCCGGACAGCGUCUGGGCGCGGCCGACAGAAGGGCCUCCAGGGGCGCCUCCAGGGGCGCCUCCAGGAGGGUCUCUGGCUGCGGACGCGCCGGCGGGGAGCCAGGCCGAGCAGGAGGGCAAGGCGGGGGGCAUAGCAUUGUACGUGAUCGGCGGGGACGAGGCGCUGUCGGAUGAGUUCAAGCACAUGGUGGCGCUGGGCUUCCGCGACGGCAACGGCGCCAUGACGUGGGACUGCGGCGGCACGCUCAUCUCCAACGACCACGUGCUCACGGCCGCGCACUGCGUCACCAACUCCUUCAGGGGGCCGCCGACGCGAGUCCGCGUCGGCGCGCACAACCUGACUGAGGUCGACGGCGAGGAGCACGACGUAGUGCAGGUGACGGUGCACCCCCAGUACAGCACGCAGUCGCACUACAACGACCUGGCCGUGCUGCGCAUCGGCCGGGUGCGAUUCUCGGACCGCGUACAGCCAGCUUGCCUCUACACCAAGCCGCGGGCGCCCGACUCCAACAUGGUGGCCACCGGCUGGGGCGUCACCGACAUCGACCAGCUGGACCAGACCUCGGAUGUGCUCAUGAAGGCCGGUAUGGACCAGGUGCCGCUCACGCGUUGCAACGCGUCCUUCAGCAAGCUGAAGUCUCGGCGGCUGGCGCGCGGGGUGCAGCCCGAGCAGCUGUGCGCGCGCGGCAGCAACGGCAUCGCCGACACCUGCCUGGGCGACUCGGGCGGCCCGCUGCAGACGCUUGACCGCCCUAUGGGGCUGUACUCCAUCGUGGGCAUCACGUCCUUCGGCCAGCUGUGCGGCGGUGUCGGCGUAUACAUCCGCGUGUCGGCCUACGUGGACUGGAUCGAGAGCGUGGUCUGGCCAGACGCAUCCUGACUAGCGGCGACGGGGCCUCGCGUCAGCGACGAGGACGCCGACGACGGCAGGUCCGUGCGGGCGACGACCGGAGCCGCCGCCGACGGCCCGGCCUGGGAGUGGCCGCAGGACGGCGACGACGACCGCCGCAGCUCGCCCCGGCCGAGGCCCCGGCCGCAGAGGCUCCAGGAAGAGGACGCAGCCUGGGUGUGGGGGGAGGAUGACGGUCCCAGCCACAGCCAGCCAAGCAGGGGCCCGCCAGGGCCGCCGCCGAGGCGCCCGUCGCAGCCACAGGCGCCGCAGGUGGAGUGGGAGUGGAGGCGCACCACAGGCACCCGCCGGUCAAAGUGAGGGCCCUUCCGCCGCAGCCCGGCCCCCUCCCGGCCCGUCCCGGCCCCGGCGCGAGUCCGGCUGAUUACUUUGAUCGCUUUGUGGCGACGCCACCCGACGCGAACCCUCGCCGCCGCGGACUGAGGAUCAAACAGGCGGGCGCUAUUUCCUGCCUCGUCUCAAAGGCAACGUCUCACCCGGCGUUGCUAGUUGAGCACGAUGGGAACUUCUGCAGCCCCCAUCCCCCUCCUCGACUAUCAGGAUCUGUGCCGCAGCCGGGGCUCAUGUCUGUGGGCGGGAGCCGCCCAGCAAUUUGCCCUUGCGCCGGACGCACGGGAAAAAAAAGGAUUAGCUGUCACAACUAAUAGAUUUGGUAAUUUUGGUGUGGACAAGAAAUUCGCUGUGAAAGCUUUAAGAGUUGUUUGCCGCCACAGACAAGAGUCAGUUGCCACAGCGAAGUGCUGUCGCUGCAGGAGCCGAUCGGUUCAUUCUGUCACCCAGGCCAAAAUUUCCAUGACCGUCCCUUUGGAAUUCCAUGGACACCAUUGGCAAAGUCUGAUGGGUAUUGGCAGGUCUCCCAUGGAAAGUCCAUUUCCCCCCUGUGAGCCCAUACUAUCUGCCCGUGGGACUUAUCUGCCCUCCUCCCAUGAGAGUAGCAAUCCCAUGGGAAAUCCCACUUCCCAUGAAAAUUCAAAUGUAAGAUCCUUUUCCCUUACUGUAUCGACCUGAAAUUUACAGUGCAUCAUCUAGGACGUGUUUAAGAAGGGCCAUUUUAAUUUUGUUAAAAUCUGACUACUUUAAUCUUCUAUCUUUAAAACGGUUGCAGUUAGGCUAGCGUAACACCCAAUGAGUUGUCAGAACGAACCGAUUGGCUCCUGCAGCGACAGCUUCGCUGUUGCAACUAACUCUUUUCUGUGGCAACCAACUAUUAGCUGCCACAUCGAAUUUGUGAUAGCUAUCCCAAAAUUAGCAAAUUUGUUAGUUGUAAAGACUAAUUCUUUCUUUUUCCGUGCGCCAAGUAUACGGCGUCAGAGUGGAGCAACAUAGACGACAGCUUUAAACAUUCCGGCAGCCUGGUGACUCUGCUGUGAGGGAGAGAAUGAUCGAAGGAGCAGCAGCCCGUGCAGCUUGGGCCGACGUACACGAGAGCUGUAGGCAGUGCGUUCCCUUCACUAUCGCACCGCUCUCGUCUCGUCGCGCCCUUUGGACAAUAGAUGGUCACUGUACCCGUUGUUAAUACUAUAGUUAGGUAUAAUACUGUUGUUAGUGUUAGUUAAUAAAUGCCUGAACCCACCGUAAAUAUA